AUGAAGAAUGUUUGUUGGCCUUACUUUGAUCCUGAUUUUGAUAAUCUGUCUGAGAGGAUAUACGGGCCCACUUGUAGAGUUUGUAUUGACAAUGAAAGCAUGGAAGAUUGCACGGUAGUGAAGGUGGAUAGCGUAAAUAAGCAGGGCCUCCUCCUGGAGGUUGUGCAAGUUAUGACAGAUUUGAAUCUCUUCAUCUCAAAAAGCUAUAUUUCCUCUGAUGCCGAGUGGUUCAUGGAUGUUUUUCAUGUACAAGAUGAGCAAGGCAAGAAACUUAGAGAUCAAAAUGUUAUUAACUGUAUCCAGCAGGCUAUAGGAACAACAAGAGAGAGUACUCAAAGUCCCCCUAAAGCAAGAGCAUAUACCAACAAUUUUUCCAAAGCCGACCAUUCAAACGAGCAUACGGCCAUUGAAAUGUCAGGAACCGAUAGGCCUGGACUCUUCUCCGAGAUAUCAGCUACCUUGGCAGAUCUUCAUUGCAACAUUGUGGAAGCCCAUGCUUGGAGCCACAAUGCUUGCAUAGCUUGUGUCGCGUACAUUUCCGAUCAAUCCUCUCACACCCCAAUCGAAGACCCCCACCGCUUAGCCUCCAUCGAGGAUCAUCUAAUCACAGUGCUCCGUGCCAACAUGGAGCCAAGCAUUAGUACUGGACCAUUCCAAAUCAAGAAUCGAGAAGUGAAAACCAGGGGAUUUCUUGGAGGGGAAGGCACCAUGACCAACGUAGAAAGGAGGUUGCAUCAACUCAUGCUUUCAGUAAGGGAUUUUGAUGGGCCUAGAAGCUCAUCCGAAAUGAAUAUCACCGAAAGAGGGACGAAGAUGGCUGUUUCGAUCGAGAAUUGUGACCAAAAAGGGUAUUCAAUUGUUAGCAUAGAGUGCAAGGAUCGGCCAAGACUCAUGUUCGAUAUCGUAUGCACACUAACUGACAUGCAAUAUGUGAUUUUCCAUGCUUCAGUUGCCUCUCAUGAUGGCCGUGCAUUUCAAGAAUACUUUAUUCGACAUGACGAUGGAUAUCCACUUAACACAGAAAGUGAGAAACAACGGGUAAUAAAAUGCCUAGAGGCUGCCAUAGAGCGUCGAGUUUGUGAGGGUGUUUGGCUGAAGUUAUGCGCAGAAAAUAGAGUAGGGCUACUAUCGGACAUAACUAGGGUUCUCCGAGAACACGGACUCGCGGUCGUUCGAGCAGAUAUAGCAACAAAAGGAAAGAACGCAGUGAACGCUUUCUAUGUAAGAGACGUCUCAGGGAAUGAAGUUGAUAUGGGAUUCAUCAAGUCAAUGAAGAAAGAAAUGGGUCUAAUUGAUCUUGAAGUCAAGAAUGAUAACAAAACGAGAAGAACAAAUAUUAGCUCACAUGAAAGGCAUCAUUUCUCUCUUGGAGACUUGCUCAAAUCUCAACUUGAACGAUUUUCUCACAACUUUAUUGCAAUAAAUUAA